AUGAGAUUCAAAAACAUCAUUAACAGAGAUGAUCUAGAGACUGAACGACGGAAACCCGUACCUUGGAUUGCCAAUCCGACUGCUCCCCCGUCCCACCGACAAAAUGGCCAGAUCAUCCCGGAGGACAAACUUGAAACAGGCACUGACGUGACAAUAGCUGAUAGUAAAACUAAGAGAGCAUGUACUGAGAACAAACUCCCGCUUUUCAAGAAGCGUAACGCGGCCCCAAUCGAGUUGUUCUAUGAUCUAUUCUUCGUCGCCAAUCUUUCAAGUUAUACAUCAACGCAUGAAAUCAAUACCUCCUCAAAUUUGACGGCCUAUGUAGGUUACAUUUCGCUACUGUGGUUCGUAUGGCUUCAGAAUACCUUUUUCGAUCUUCGGUUCUACACCGAUUCCGUUCUGUCGAGAUUAUUCACAACUCUGCAUCUUGGAGUUAUGGCUGGCUUCGCUAUUCUGGGACCUAACUUCGACCCCUCUGCUAGCACAGCAAAUGGCCGUGAGUUCUGGAACAUGAGUCUUGUCCUCAUGACAUCUCGACUAAUCCUGACCUUCCAAUAUGCCUCCAUCAUCUGGUACAUUAAGGGCUACAAAAGGACGGUUUUUCCAACCCUGUUAGUUAUCGGGACUCACUUCCUUACCGCAAUGGCAUAUUUAGGCCUAGCAUUCACUUUUACCAGAACUCGCCGGCAUUCUGCCUUCCUUGCUUGGUAUGUCAUUGGUGCUGUGGAGGCUAUAUUUAUGAUUUCUAUAUCGAGUUUCUGGAGGCUUCUUAGUUUCAAGGGAACGGCAAUUGUUGAGAGAUUUAACGGUAUGACACUGAUUGUACUGGGAGAAGGGGUUGUUGGGAUGGCCAAAGCAGCUACUAGAAUAGCCCAAGGUGCAGCAGAUGUUACCAAGACUUCCAUUGGCUUAAUUAUAUGCUACAUCCUCAUUAUCUAUUUCAUGUACACAAUAUACUUCGACCAAAUCUCAGAAGAUCGAUUUGGCAGUAUACGCCAACAAAUAUGGGCAUUCUUGCACUUCCCACUACACAUGGGAAUUCUACUCACCAUUGAGGGGAGUCGCGGAUGGAUUUUGUGGAGUGUCUCCAACCAACUCAUCAAUCUUGCCACUGCCAGAGCCGACGCUGUUUUUCAACAGACUGUACCAUCGCGAAGCACAACACUGGGAGAAGACUGGGUCGAUAGUCUAAAGCUAAUUGUCACAUUCGUAUCCAACCGUCUCCGUUCACCCCAGCAAGCACCGAAUUUUCAACCUAUUUAUGACAGACUCCUCAGCAUGGACCUGGAUGAUCCGAACCGAGAGAAGGAUUUAGCGGACCUUUACAAGGAGUUCUUCAACAAAUUGUACUCCUGGGUCCUGCGUACAUUUGGCAUUGACCUGUCAGCGCUAAACGGCUCGGGGCGCCAAGUUCUCGCGCAACAAAAUAAGCAGGUUUCCGUGAAGUUCCACGUGCUGUUCGCAUACUUCUUUAUUGCGGCUGGGGUGACUCUAAUAUUCCUUGCGUCCAUGCAUUGGUUCGGCAAAGCGCAUAAAACGCGUGGCGAGGUGUUAUCCAUCAUCAUGACAACGCUAUUCGGAACGGGGUUGGCGCUGAUUUCAAUAUUCAUUAAAGUUGAAGAGCGUGUUGGCCCAGGAGGAUCGACGCCGUAUACCAACUUCUUUGAGAGUGGAUGGAUUGUGCCGACUGUGGUUUUUACCUAUGGUCUAGUCAUCGCAAUCGAUUGUUUUAUUGUUUGGGUAUCGCAUAGACGAUGGAGGAGGCGAGUAACAUAG